AUGGCCUCCGAAUCUGUCUCCAAGAAGCCCCGCAUCGACUCCCCCUCCAUCGGGACUCACAACGGCCACUUUCACGCCGACGAAGCCCUAGCCGUCUACCUCCUCCGCCUCCUACCCACCUACUCGCAGUCCCCCCUAAUCCGCACCCGCGACCCUGCCCUCCUACAAACCUGCCACACGGUCGUCGACGUAGGCGGCGAAUACGACGCCUCCACAAACCGCUACGACCACCACCAGCGCACCUUCAACAGCACAUUCCCCGGCUACAAGACGAAACUCUCCUCCGCGGGCCUGGUCUACCUGCACUUCGGCCAGAACAUCAUCGCGAACCAGGCGUCCCUGCCUACCGAGCACAGCAACGUCUCGCUGAUCUUCAACAAGCUAUACGCAGACUUCAUCGAGGCAAUCGACGCAAACGAUAACGGCGUGGGCGUCUACGACCCCGAGAAGAUCUCCGAGGCCGGGAUCGAGAAGCGCUUUAAGGAUGGCGGCGUAACGAUCGCUUCGAUCGUCAACGAUAUGAACACCGCGUCGCCUGAAGACGAGGCCGCGGGUGUCGACGAGGAUGGAUUAUUCUUGCAGGCGAGCCAGUUCGUUGGUUCCGUGUUUAGCCGCAAGCUCCGACACGCCGUGAACAGCUGGCUUCCGGCGCGCGAAACCGUGCAGGCUGCGUACAGUGGCCGCAAGGCUGUCCACCCCAGCGGGAAGAUCAUGGUUCUCCCGCAGGGUGGGGUCCCCUGGAAGGAGCACCUGUAUAACUUUGAGAAGGAGGCCAAGGCGGCGAAUGCGGAGGACGCCGAGGUGAGCUAUGUGCUGUACCCGGAGAGCGCGACCGAGGGGUCCAAGUGGCGUGUGCAGGCUGUCUCCGUGAACGAGGGUAGCUUUGUCUCCCGGAAGCCUCUGCCGGAGAAGUGGCGCGGUGUGCGCGAUGCGGAUCUCGAUGGUGUUCUUGCCGGUGAGAAUGCGGGGAUUCCGGAGGGGGCUGUGUUUGUUCACGCCAGUGGGUUUAUUGGUGGGCACAAGACGAGGGAGGGGGCGUUUGCUAUGGCUGCUAAGGCUUUGGAGUAA